CAUAUAAAUAAGCAUGCUAGAACAACACAGUUCAUAGUGUUCACCGAUAACAACAAAAUGCACGCUUUAGUGGUCUUACUAAUGGGGCUAGCUGCUGUGUCAGCUGAUGCACCCGCCCCAGUCAUACAAAGAAUCGUCGGUGGGUCUCUGACUACUAUCAACCAGUACCCGGAGAUGGCAGCUCUGUUGUUCUCCAGUUCUGGCGUUGGCCACCAACAGGCGUGCGGCGGCACUAUCCUCAACAACCGUGCCAUCCUCACUGCUGCGCACUGCACCAUCGGACACACAAUUGCCAGUUGGCGCGCUCGAGUAGGAUCCAACUUUGCAAGCCGCGAUGGAACUGUAAUUAACACUGCACAAAUCAUCAACCACCCGAGCUACAUCCCCUGGACUCAUGACAAUGAUAUUGCUGUUCUCCGCAUGGCGUCCACCAUUCCCAUCGGUUCAAAUACUGUUCAGGCUGGCAGAAUCGCUGGUGCCAACUACAACCUUGCUGAUAGCCAAGUAGUCUGGGCCGCUGGAUGGGGUAGGACUAGUGUAAAUGGACAGUUCUCUGAGCAGUUACGCCACGUGCAGAUCUGGUCUAUCAACCAGGCCAUUUGCAGACAGCGCUAUGCUACUGUAGGCCGCUCCAUCACUGACAACAUGCUGUGCUCCGGCUGGCUGGACGUGGGAGGUCGCGACCAGUGCACCGGCGACUCCGGUGGUCCUCUCUACCACAACGGAGUGGUCGUCGGUGUCUGCUCCUGGGGCCUUGGCUGUGCCGAUCCGUUCUACCCUGGUGUCAACGCCCGUGUAUCUCGAUUCACUAACUGGAUCACACAAAAUGCUUAAUAUGGUUUUACACAAACUCCUGUCUGACUUAAUGCUAUGAAAUAAAAGGUUGUAUGGAAAAUAUAAAUAA